UGAACAUUCCCCUAAAGCCAGCUGUCGAGCAACCUUCUUGCACUAUUGCCAAAAUUGUCGCACUGGAGUUUGUGCGGCUGUUGCAAGGAGUUUAUAUUUCAGCUCUUGUAGACCGAUCCGAAGACGGGCAGCAUGGAUCACCGUGAAACCACCUUGGAGAAAGAUAAAAUCCACCAGAAUCGCCUGCCGAGUGUCACAGAUGACGAUGAGGAGCAAGAUGCUGCCUUUACCAUUGUCAGAGUCCUGGACAAGGUGGCCACCAUCGUGGACAGUGUGCAGGCCAGCCAGAAACGCAUUGAAGAGAGGCACAGAGAAAUGGAGGAUGCCAUCAAGACUAUUCAGAUUGACAUUCUAAAGCUUGCUCAGGCUCAUGGCAACACUGGCUACACAGUUAGCAAACUCCUGGAGAAAACCCGCAAAGUUAGCACUCGUGUUAGAGAAGUGAGAGCACGUGUCGAGAAGCAGAGCACUAAUGUGCAGAAGGUUGAGGCCAAGCAAGAGGAAAUGCUGCGGAAGAACAAGUUUCGUGUUGUAAUUUACCAGGAGGACAUUCAGUGUCCAUCUUCUCUAUCAGUUAUCAAAGACCGGACACGAGGGGAGAACCGAGAAGAUGCCUUCUGCCCACCUGAUGAUCUCUCCUCCGAUGAGGAGUACUACAUAGAAGAGAGCAGAGCAUCCCAGUUUAAGAAAUCAGGCAUUAAGCGUAUCAACAAUAUAAAAAAGGCCUUUUCAAGAGAGAAUCUUCAGAAAACAAGGCAAAAUUUUGGCAAGAAGGUAGAUAGGCUUCAAACUAGAAUAGUAACGCCAGAGAGGAGAGAGCGAAUAAGGCAAUCAGGAGAGAGGUUGCGGCAAACUGGGAUAAGGUUUAAGAAAAAUAUAUCCAAUGCAGCACCAACCAAGGAGACAUUCAAGAAGAAAAUGACUAAAGAGCCUCCGAUGGCUGAAGGUCAAGAAGGAACCCAAGAGGCUGGUGGUGAUACAACAGUUGAAAGUGGGGAUGCUGAACCAGUCACUGAAGAAAUUUCCUACCAAGAGGUAGUAACAAAAGUGAAGAAAGACAAAGGUGGUGGAUCAAAAGGCCCUUCCCAGGUAGAGGAGAAGGUAGUGAUUAAAUUUACUCCUGAAAAGAUAGUGCUGAAUCAGAAAGCAAAAGAAGAUGAGGAUGUACUCCUGCUGGAUCUAAAGCAAGCUGCCUAAAUGGCCAAUGACACCUCCUGUGGUGGUGUCACUGUGGCAGGGAAGGCAUAAUCCCUUUAACUUCGGUAGAUGUAGAACAGCAGUUUUCAAAUUUCCUUCAGGCUUCCCUUUCUUCUACAUUGAUUUGCCUGCUGAGGAGACCUUGGAGCAACCACUGUACUUCGCAGAAGAUUCUGGGGCAUGUUCAAGAGCACACUCCAUUCACUUGGGGUGCCAGACUGGUCUCCUGGGCCUAGCUGUCACACCACAUAAGGGGAUGCCCUAGGACAUAUCCAGCACUCCCCAGCAUUUUACAAGGAAGAUCAAUAACGGUGGACAAACUGUCCUUCAAGCAGUUUGUUCUCUGUUACCACUGUUCCUACUGCUGAAUCCCUGAUAAACUCUCAAGGAACACUAGUGUGCCUAGGAAGAGUUUGGAAACCACUGAUUAGAUAAAUGUGUGUUUAUAUGAGCAAAAUAUAUCUAUAUGUAUAUACUGUUUUCAUUUUUAGGUAAUGGAUAUUUCUUCAUCAUCUGCUGUCAUCGCAGUUGAAAUAAGGAACUGAUCUCCUUUGAUGUAUACACAUAAAUGCCAUUUAUCAUAAGAUGUUUUACUAAAGAGAGGUAGAAGCCCCCUGCAUUUUAAUGGCAUUAAUUCCCUCAACAGUCUUUCUUCUAUCUGUAUUUUAUGCACAGUGACAACUAAACAGCACAAAUCUAAUUAAAUGACUCAUGAGGUAUCUGAGACUGACUUUUCCACUAAGGGGUGGGUGGGGGCAGAUGAAUCCAUCAACAGGUAACUUGCUUUUCUUGAAGACUACAGUUAGCGAUUAAUUUCUUUCUUAUUCCCAAACAAGAAUGCUCAGUGAAAGUUGUUCUGGAAAAGGUGCAGCAAAGUUGAUUGGUUCUUUGAAUACAUACAGAAAGUUGCCCUUGCUAUCUGUGAUAAGGGAAGGACUAUUAGGGGUCCAUUAGGGAUGUGGAAGAGGAUUCCGUGACUUUAGCAAGACUCUGGAAGAAAACACAACAAGACUAUUGGAAAAUAGUGACUGCAGGCCCUGGUUUUUCACUAGCCAGCAUUGCAGAGAAAUAGCUGAAUGGGGCCUUCAUGUUCAAAGCCUUGAACACCAGACAGUGGGGAUAAGCAGCAGUAGAGGCUUGUUCCCUUCCGAGAAGCACCUGGUUCACCACUGUGGGAAAUAUGUUGCUGGACUAGAUGGAAUAUUAGUUCAGCCCAACCAGGCUCUUGGGUUGUUUUGUGUGAUCCAAGUCAGUCAGUAGGUAGUGUGGAAGAUUCAGAGAAAGAAUAUUGAGGUGAAAAUUCCUGAAAAAGAAUAUUGAACUUAAAUUCAGAAGUGUGAGCAUGCCAAACUUAUCCAUGGUUGUCAUGUGCGGUAUCUCAUGCUAUUCCCUCCUUCAACAUGUAUGAAAUGUAUAACAUCCCUUGAUUUACAUUCAUGUUUGCAGCCCUCUGUCUAUCCAGUGGGUAUUGCAUGGCUCCCUAAAUAGAUGUGGUCACUGGACUCAAUCUAUCCAAAUAAAAUAUAUUUACAGAAGAUACUACUGACUUUUCUGUCAGUGCUUGCUUCCAACAGUGACUAUACACAGAGCUAAGUGUACUGUGUGGCCUGGUCCCAAGCUACGAUUUGAAAGUACGAGGCCACCACCUUGCUGAAGCUAAGCAGGUCUGGGUCUGGUCAGUGCCUGGAUGGGAGACUAUAUAUAAGUUGUCUCUGGGUCUAUGAGGAAACAAAGGCUGGGCAUAAAUGUAGGAAAUAAAUAAAAGGAAGAAAUUACACCAAGCAUUACACCAUUCUGUGACAAUACAAUGACUAGUACGUAGGGACAAAGAACUAUCACAAUACUUAUUGUAUAGAAAUACAAGAGGACAACAAAAAGGGAAGAACAAGAGCCCUAUUCCAAAAGAUUAGAAAAAUGAAAGGGAAAUUUAAACCAAGAGUGGGGAUGUUGAAUAAUCAACAGGGGAACACACUGACUGACCGAGAUGAAAUAAAAGGAAGAUGGAAGCAAUACACUGAAGAACUCUAUAAAAGAGAUGCCAGUAUGACAGAUUCGUUCAUGGAGGAACCGCAUGAUGAAGAACCAGAAAUUUUAGAAUGUGAGGUGAAAGCUGCUCUUAAAAUACUUGGAAGAAACAAAUCACCAGGAAUAGAUGGCAUACCAAUAGAGUUGCUACAAGCUACUGAGACUGAAUCUGUCCAAAUUUUGACAAAAAUUUGUCAAGAAAUAUGGGAAACUAACAAUGGCCCACAGACUGGAAGCGUUCCAUAUACAUCCCAAUUCAAAAGAAGGGGGAUCCCAGGGAAUGUAGUAAUUAUCAAAUUAUUGCCUUAAUAUCCCAUGCAAGUAAAGUAAUGCUCAAGAUUCUACAAGAAAGGCUCUUAUCAUACAUGGAGCAAGAAAUGCCAGACGUCCAAGCUGGAUUUAGAAAGGGAAGAGGCACCAGAGAUCAUAUCGCAAACAUAUGUUGGAUAAUGGAAUGGACCAAGGAAUUUCAGAAGAAAAUCACCCUGUGCUUUAUAGAUUACAGCAAAGCCUUUGACUGUGUAGAUCAUGAAAAACUAUGGAAUGCUUUAAAAGAAAUGGGGGUGCCACAGCAUCUGAUCGUCCUGAUGCGCAACCUAUACUCUGGACAAGAGGCUACUGUAAGGACAGAAUAUGGAGAAACCGACUGGUUCCCAAUCGGAAAGGGUGUGAGACAGGGGUGUAUUUUAUCACCCUAUUUAUUUAAUCUAUAUGCAGAACAUAUCAUAUGGAAAGCAGGAUUGGACCAUGAUGGUGUGAAAAUUGGAGGGAGAAAGAUCAAUAAUUUAAGAUAUGCAGACGAUACCAUACUACUAGCAGAAACCAGUAAUGAUUUGAAUGCUGAUGAAAGUUAGAGGAAAGCACAAAAGCAGGACUACAGCUGAACGUCAAAAAGACUAAAGUAAUGACAACAGAAGAUUUAUGGAACUUUAAAGUUGACAAUGAGGACAUUGAACUUGUCAAGGAUUAUCAAUACCUCGGCACAGUCGUUAACCAAAAUGGAGACAAUAGUCAAGAAAUCAGAAGAAGGCUAGGACUGGGGAGGGCUGCUAUGAGAGAAGUAGAAAAGGUCCUGAAAUCCAAAGAUGUAUCACUGAACACUAAAGUCAGGAUCAUUCUGACCAUGGUAUUCCCGAUAUCUAUGUAUGGAUGUGAAAGUUGGACAGUGAAAAAAGUGGGUAAGAGAAAAAUCAACUCCUUUGAAAUGUGGUGUUGGAGGAGAGCUUUGUGCAUACCAUGGACUGCAAAAAAGACAAAUAAUUGGGUGUUAGAACAAAUUAAACCAGAACUGUCACUAGAAGCCAAAAUGAUGAAACUGAGGUUAUCAUACUUUGGACACAUCACGAGAAGACAUGAUUCACUAGAGAAGACAAUAAUGCUGGGAAAAACAGAAGGGAGUAGAAAACGAGGAAGGCCAAACAAGAGAUGGAUUGAUUCCAUAAAGGAAGCCACAGACCUGAACUUACAAGAUCUGAACAGGGUGGUUCAUGACAGGUGCUUUUGGAGGUCACUGAUUCAUAGGGUCGCCAUAAGUCGUGAUCAACUUGAAGGCACAUAAAAACAACUUGUGGAGAAGGGCAGUGAGCUACGUAGGGCAUUGAUGAUCUGCCUCUGGCCACCAGCAGUCCUACUAAGUGCCCCCCUGGUAUCGUGGUUUCAUCAUGCAUUUAUUUUUCACAUUCUUUAAAGCCUGUCUUUCUAAUAGAGACUAAAAGCCUACCUUUUAAAAAAAAAUGAAAGCUGGGAUUCUCAGGAGUCAGUAACCAAUAUAUAUGUGUUUACAAGGAAACACAUAGCCUUGAAUAUAGUAUCUAGAAUCUUGUGUACUGUGUUAGCACUUAGCCAUAGGAUCUAAGGAACAGUGGUUAUGAGAUCGUAAUACUACACUGUGUUUUGGUGGUGCAACAAUUUCAAAGUGGAUUCAUGUUUCCAGAUUGGAUGGAUGACCUCACUGCAAAGGAACACACUAAGAGGCAAGCUGUAUAAGGGAGAAAGCUGUUUCAGAUGUACUGUAACUAUAUUUCCACACACUGUAAAGACAAAAAGGUAGUAAUUUAUUACUAUAUUAGACGGAACUCAUCACUAGCUUUCUUUACUAACUAUGCUGGCAUACCAGUUUUGUUACCAGCUUAGAUUUCAUUGAACCACCAAGAUUAUUUUAGUUCAUGAUCUUAUUUAUCCUGUGCUUUGCUUUGCCUGAUUUAGCCUCAACUUGGAACAUAGAGAUUAGCUAUAAAAUAAUAAUAAAGAACUGAAUUAAACCCUGCUUCUUAUAUGCAUGUUCAGAGCUACAGAAAUGUUACUGUUCCUCUGUGCUACAUAGUCUAAUGAUCAAUUUAUAGAAAAUUAACUGAAACACAAAGAAGGAAAAUGUUCCAGUUUUGAAUAAAAAUCGAUACUGUUCUUGAA